AUGGCGUCCUCUUCCAAUCCCACGACUCUUGUUCCUUCCCAACAGAGAGAUUAUGGACAACCCGUUCAACACGAAGAAACUUCUUGUGGUCUUUUACUCUUCCGAAAACGAACGACUACUCCUCCCCCAAACAACAACAAUAACAAUCCUAAUAAUAACAAUUCCUAUGAAUUUCUACUCAUGAAACACUCCCAUCGUUUGGAUCUUCCCAAAGGUCGAAUGGAACCUGGUGAAAGUUAUCUUCAAACCGCAAGUCGAGAAUUUUCAGAAGAAACCUCUCUUCCCGUGAACACGACGACUCUUUCCAUUCAUCCACGUUUUGAAUUUGUCGAAUACUACUCGUAUUAUUCCCAUCGUAAGAAGUGUCGAGUGGGAAAGACACUCCGAAUGUAUUUGGCCUUUGCAAAGGAACAUGUCGACCUCUUGAACGUGAAACCCACAGAACAUGGAGGUUUCCAAUGGAUGGAAUUUGACGAGAGUAAGAAGAUGUGCAUUCAGAAGAAUACCAUCGAUCCCUUACUGAGAGCAAUUCAAAAGUAUUUGAAAGAUCAUUCGUGUGGGUUGAAAGAGUUGCAUGAAGAGUCGUUGUGA